ACCAAAAAAAAAACAUGGAUCUUACACCCGGAUGCAGGGUUUGGAGACCACCGCCCAGCCUCCACUACCACCACCGCCAUCACCAUCACUGUCAUUGCCAUCGUUUAUGCUUCUGUGCGCACCAUCACCAUCACCACCUCCACCACCACCACCGCCACCAUCACCUCCACCACCACCAAUUUAAUGGUCACCACCAUGUAUGCCCCAGGAUUACUUCUUCUUUUCCUCGAAACCCAGAACCUUCUGGUCCUGUUGUUCCGCCAAAUAACUUGAUCUCGGGGGCUUCUGGGUAUGAAGAAGCUUAUGGUUCUGCCACCCCGAUGACGUUACAAGAGCAGGAGCAUGAGGAGUUAGAAGAGGAAGAUGAUGAUGAUGAUGAUGACCCAGUUUUUGUUCUGACCGAUGAAUGGAGAGAGUUCUUCGCGAAAUCUGAAGCAAAGAGGAAAUUUGAGAAGAAGCAGGCUAAGAAGAAGGGGAAGAAAUAAAUACAGAAUUUGGAGACAUAUUUGAAUCAUCUCAAGAAAGAGAGAUUGGAGAGAAUUCAUUCAGUAGCUCCAGAGUUUUUGGAAGAGUGUUCAAGAAUGACACUCGUACAGCUGAUGCAAGAUCUUCCUUUGGAGGUUAAGAUAAUAGUCAUGGUAUUAAAGAUAUCUUGUUAAAGCCAAAUGUGCCAUUGCUCGACUGACAGAUUAGCUUGUUAUUGAUCUAUUGCUAUCAAAAGGAUUGGAUUUUGUGUCUCUGUUUCAUGAUCUCCAGGACCAAUGUAUUUUAGAUUGACAGCUUGGUUUUGGCAUCACCUUGCUAAGAUUGUGUCAUUUGUGUAAACCAUGUCUAUCAUACAAGGAUUACCUAUUUUGACUCAAUUUUUGGUUGAAGCUCUGGUUUGUGAAGCCAUAUCAGGCAGUGAUAUCUGUUUAUGUCUUCCCUAAUAAUCUGCCUCUUGAUUUCAUUGAUCAAAACAAGAAGUAAGAAAUUUAUGAGUGGCUAGCUAUGGCAACACCAUGAACAAUGCUGCAAAACUGGUAUCAGGUCAUGACAUUGGAGCUCUUAGUGAACAAAUUUGGAGAAUCCUCUUAAAUCACUCUUUUAUUGGAAAGCAAAGUCACAAUGCUAAUACUACUGCUUACUGGCUCUUUAGAUGCAGUGAAUGAGUGAAGAAUCUUCAGGGAAAAUUGAACAAUGUUGAAGCAUGUUACUGGUAGAAUAUUAUUAAGAAGAGACAAUUCAUGAUUUUGUUAAAACACUUACAAAUUUGUAGUUUUGUUUUAUAGCAUAAGUAAUGCUGCAUA